GUUGCUCAUUGCCUCUGGUAACGAUCAGCUGUUGUUGUUGUUGAUGGUAGCUCACGCUAGUUUGUGACAGGUUAUGGGCAUUUGCAUUUAUUUUGCUGAAGCAUUGACAGCAGUUGCUAUACUGCAUGCCUUGGAAGUCCGAGUGUGGUUAUGGCAAUUAACAGAAAUAUUAUCAACUGCACUUCCUACACGAUGGCCUACGGUCAGCUUGUUGUCAUGGACUUUCGUGGGACUUCUAUUUUGGGCCUAUCUGUACCUGCUGUAUUACAGAAUGGUUCAGUUGCUACUGAAGAGGAUGGAAUUCAUUGAACCACAUAGGUCCCUCCUGGUGCAAACAUUUUGGAAAGCUGGAUUUCUGUGUUGUAGCGUCACAUACUUUAUAACGAAAUUCAUUCUCGACUAUGGAACCAAUGUUGACGAUUGGCUUCCUGAACUUGUUAAACAAAACAUUUUUCAUGGAAAUGAUCCCGUCGCACCCUGUUCGAAGAAAUAUUUUGGCCUAUAUUGUGCGUUUUAUGUACAUGAUCUGUGGAUGACAACUUCGAGAAGAGGAUUUAAUCUAACAAGUUCAACGAAACUUUUCUUUUAUCUGUUUGUGUUGACUGCGCAUUUAAUGAGGUGUGUGAAGGCUGCAUACCUGUUUGUGAUCUUAAUGAACAUUGAAGCAUUACCAGCAUGUGGUGCAGCAGCCUUUGUUCUGUUUGACCGGCCUGUGUGGAGAGGUGCAUUUCGUAUAGCAGGAGUCGGGGUGAUAUCCCGUAUACUAUUUGCAGCUCACGCCUUUGUAUGGGCGACAAACAUGUUCUUCCUGCUGCCUACCUUGUUGCUUUAUCCAGCUGUCACAACAGAGGUGAGGCAGCCGGAUGUUCUUCCUCUUAUUGCACUCAAUGCAGUCCUGUGGACAUUCUACUGUCUUAAUUUUGUGACGUCACCGAUGUGCCGUCUCAUUUACCUGUACCUGCAAAGCCCGACACCAGGUGUGAAACACAGAUCAUUGUUGGACGCAGCAUUAUUUCCUCCUGAGACUGACGUGAUUAAAGAGUUGCAGAGGAUACGAGAGGAGGUACGAGCAACUCGGAACCGUAGAGCGAAAGAAGCUGCAGCUGGCAGAAGGUCAGAACACCACAGUGGCUCAGUGACAGCAUGUGAUAUCAACAGGCGAGGACUGAAACUCUACCAGACAAUUAAAUGUGUGAUGGCGGUGAAGCGCCGCCUGAAGCGGCAGAGGGAGAUGCAGCAAGCACUUGCAGAAGAUGAGUCCUCAGAGUCUCCCACCACCACAUCACCAGCUGAAAGCUCCCCCACCGAAAGCUCUCCUGCUACAUCGACUCCAGACACACCACUAUCACCUGAUUUCCCUGUUUCUGAUGAAACUGAUGCCUGAAUCUCUCUUCAGUUUAUGGAAUAUGUUAUAACUAGUAACUACAAGUUUGACAGGCCUAUAGAAAAUGAGAGAAAACCUAAAAAUUCAGAAUUGUUUUCUACACUUACACUUUUAUUGUUGCUAUCAAUAAGCAAUAGACAGGUGAGAAUUGAGAGCUGAAACAGGGGGAAAGAAAAAAGUCUCAGUUCAUACUGAUAGUGUAUGAAAGUGAGGCAGUUGCUGAACAAAGGCAAAAUUUUACUAAGGUAAGAGAGAUGUCGUAGAAUGACAUGCAUUAGAAAUUUUGUAAGUCUGUUUUCUCAAGCAGGUCUCUUAUAACGUGUGCUUGUCAAGUGUCAGUACGCAUAUUUUUCACAUGUGUUGAAACUUCCUGUUUCCUUUGUGAAUUGAUGAUGCAUUUCAUGACUUGAAGAAACUCUGCAGUCACAUAGCAAAUUACGGCAAUUUCUGGGGUGUGUGUUCUUGCUAUGGACACUUUGCUUUCAUCUUCCCUUCAGAAAAAAUAAAUAAAAAUAUUUUAAUUUGUGUAAGAUUUGCGAUGUUGUAAUUUUCAACAUGCUUUAAAAUGCUCGUGUUAUGGGUGUUUCACUAGCCAUUAAAAAUCUUAUUUUGGACAACAACAAAAAGUAGAGCAUUAAUCUACAGUAGUGGGUUGGUAAUAAUGAAUUUGAAGAACAUUAUUUCUACCAGUCUGUCCUUUUAAAACAGUACUUUAUUAUGCACUACUAGCUAGUUUGUGGUGUUGCUCAUUCUCAAACGUGUCGACAAACAUCCACCACAUACCAAAUUGAAAUGUAAGUCAGAAUAUAAAAACUUCUAUGGCUGCAUUGGUACUUGAACAGCAGUUGUUGUGUGGCUUGUAUUUCAUUCAUAAUCUUUUGGAAUAAAAUGAGAAACAGUGCUAGAUGCGUAUAUUUAAACGUCAGAUAACAUGUUGGGCACAUGGAAAGUAAAAAACUGUUUCUUGAAAUUCCCCUCAGGUCAGUAUAACAUACAGGUUGCAUUUUAUGUAGUUAUCAUGAGUGAACUGGGUUAGAAGAAAUGAAAAUAAAAGCUAUAGGCUAUAUCUGAAAUGGACUACCUUUCUGGAAACAUUAUCUUAGAAGGGAGUGGAGGAAGACAAAUCAACAGUUUAAUCACAGAAAACAAAUAACAAGGCCGGAAGGUUAACUAAAGCCUUAAAUUUCAAACAAAGAUAUAAUUUAGUGUUGAAAUCCAAGGGAUUAAGUCUGGCAGAAAUUAAAGAACACCCCCCCCCCCCCUCCCAUUUUUAAGCAUUAUUUCUUGAUGUGUUGAUAUGAUAUAGGUUAACUUUCCAGAAAGAAACUACAUUAAUGCACAGAUUGGAUUGGUGAUUAUAUUGAAGAUUGUAAACAGGUCCAAGCAAUAUGGCACAGUCUUUCAUACACUUGUUUUAAUUUUGGAGGAGCAAGGUUUCAAUUCUCAUUUGACAAUCCAAGUUAAGCUUCCAGUGGUUUUCCUAAAUUGAUUAUUGUGAACGCUGUGAUUUUCAGUAUGAGAAGGCUGAUGCUGCAUCUCUAAACACCAUAUCAAAUUCCAGAAUACAAAUUAUGAGCUGCAGCCGGUUAUAGAUAAGAAAUGUAACUCCAGAAGUAUUUUACAAUGAGCUAACAGGGAUGGAAAUAUAUAGAAAAAGGCAUACAUUAAAUUUUUAUGUGCAUGAAUAGCAGCCAGCGGUGCUGCAUCCCAUGGUCUACUGGACCUGAUCGCAGAGGUAUUUUUAGUUCUUCAUCACCCUUCACCCCAAGUCUUUCCCUUUUCAUUGUCAUGCCCUGGGGUCACCAAAUUAGAUGGAAAAAACAUUUGCUCUCGUCCUAAUUGAUGGAACCGUUUUAUCAUUUCCUGAAAGUAAUGUAGGAAAAAAAUGUUCUACUGUUCUGUGUUUUAUUAGCUUUUCUAUAAUUUUUCAGUUACUGAAACUACUAAAAGCAGAUAGUUCUUCUUGGUGUAGUUUCUAACCUUUGUUUUGAAUAUCAUGUUCUUUAAAUAAGAUUGAGGCUGUCUGAAGUUAUAGAAUUUAGAAAUUAUGGUAGGUAGUGUUUUCUUUUAUUCAUAUAUAUGAGGGUAAGUCAUGAGUAUCUACAGUCAAUUUUUAUAAUUUAUUACAAGAGUACAAAAUUUUUAUUGAUAUCAUUUUUCAACAUCAUCAUCCUGCUUUUCAGUGCACUUAGUCCAUCAUUGCACAAGCUUUGUGAUACCCUCUGAAAAAAAGGUAUUUGAUUGCACAAUAAGCCAUGUAUGCACUGUUUCUUUUGCCUGUUGACUGGAGCUGAAUCGGUGGCCACUUAAAUCAUCUUUAAGAGGACCAUUCAUUUCAGAAAUUUUUCACUUUCAUUAGCAUGAUGGUGCCGACAGAUUUUCAUGUAGUUACACUUGUGCUCUUCAUAGAGUUUUUUUUUAACACCGAUUUUGUGAAAGUUGGGCUCAUUAUGUACGAUUUUGUGUGCUAUAACUAAUCUGUAUAUGGUUUGCCACAUGAUGAGCAGUCAUUUGAUGGGCUGAUUCAAUAUUGGCAUAGUUGUGGCUGUAGCUGGACAACUCACUCUUUCUUUGUCCUUCACACUCAACCAACCACUUUCGAACAAAUCGUUGUCCCCAUCUUAUGCUGACAAUCUUCUACGAAUUGCCACUGCUGGUACACCUUCAGACCACAAAAAACGGAUGGAACGCUGUUCUUCUACGGUGCAAACAGAGCGUCACAGACUUCUUUAUGUUGCAACAGUACAAAGCAGAUGUAAUGACGCUGUAACGUACCACAGGUGAAGGCGAUGGUGCAGUGUAGUGGCUGGUGAGCACGCAAAGCCAUAGAGGCAGCCUAAAGAUAAAUAGAGCAGAAGUGCAGAUACUUACUGACUUAGCUUCAUAGUUCAGCAAAUAAAACAAAGUACUACAUACCCUGUGACACCAGUACUGAUAUUUUGACACACUGGACAGUUGUUAUGAAAAUAAAACUAAUGUUUACAUACAAGGUUCAUACUAAUAGUAUGUGUACCAUUGAAUAAUUAAUGCUGCUACUGUACGUUUGUCCAUGUAAAACAGUAUUUGGGGUUUGAAAAAACAAAGAUUGUAAAAUGCCACAUGUCAGUAGCCUUUAGUAUAUGUGUUGUAUAGCAACACAUGAUUUCAUGUCAAUUAUCUGACUUAAUCUGCAGCCAAAAUCUUAGAUUCCUACAAAAAUUUCAUUCAGUUUUCUGCCUUUGCUUGAUUACUUGAUGAUAAGAAGUGAUAGGGUACUUUUUCAUAUCCUAUUCCCUCCCUCUUAUGCAACAACUGUAAUAAAGAAAGUGGUUUGUUGUUCUUAUAGUAGAAUUUCAGUGAAAACUGGUACCAUAUUGGAGAGGAGAAAUUCUUGUUAUUUGUUGAACAGAAAGCAACAGGGUUUGUAGCACAGCAGGAGUGGGAUGGAGGAUAAUAGUCGGCAUCUUGUCUCUUGCAUAUCAAGUGUGUAUCUAUAAGGGUUUCAAAGUAAAGUAAAGAUUGAAACCAGUUAAGGUCCUUUUGCAACAUGUGCAUAUCUUAAGCACACGUUUUUGUGCAAAUUCAAGGGGUUCAUAUUUUCUUGUACUUAAUGUUGUUGGUAUGUGUGAAAUUUUUAAACAGAAAUAAAUGUUAAUAAUAUGCUUAUCUGUGAUAUCAGGACUGUUGCAAUGUAUUGCAUAAACAUACAUAAAGCUUUGCAGCAAGUUGUGCAGAUCUAUGUAUAUAUCUAUUUAUUUGCUAAGAACAUUGAAUUGUUCUUACAGAGACUUAACAGAUGUUUGUGAUUUAAAAUAUGUAUGACUCCUUGUUCUAUUUAUUUUUGUUGCUGUGAAAAUAAAUGUUAGCCUAAAUGACUUUACCUGGAAAUACAGUGUAUUUCAA